AUGGAGUCCCGGACUCUGAAGUCACUGCUAGUAAAUCCGGUGGGCGUUGCCGUCUCCAGUGGUCUUCUUCUUGUGGUGCUCUUCGCCUUUAGCUUAAUCAAACGGAGGUUCGGUAGUCCUGAUAAGAGGAGGCCACCAGGUCCACUGGGAUGGCCAAUUUUCGGAAACAUGUUCGAGCUUGGGGAGCUGCCGCACCAAACGAUGUACAGGUGGAAAAACAAGUACGGACCCGUGAUGUGGCUGCAGCUGGGAUCGAUCAACACCAUGGUCGUCCAAAAUGCUACAGCCGCAGCCGAACUAUUCAAGAAGCACGACGUCCCAUUUGCUGACCGCAAGGUGCCCGAUACCCUCACGGCCUUCGACUUCAACCAAGGCACCUUGGGGAUGAACACCUUUGGCGGGCACUGGCGGGUGCUCAGACGCCUCUGCUCCAUGGAGUUUCUGGUGAACAAGAGGAUGAACGAGACCACUGACCUGAGGAACAGACUCGAGAGAAACAUGGUAGCCUGGAUUGAGGACGAGCAUAGGACCUCCAAGGCUCAGGGGGGAGACGGCAAGGUGCAGCUCAGCCGCUUGCUUUUUCUCAUGGCGUUCAACCUGGUGGGCAACCUCAUGCUGUCCAAGGAUUUGUUGGACAACAGAAAUCCCGAAAGUCGGGAGUUCUUUGAAUCCAUGAACGAGAUCCUGUCCUUGGCCGGGACUCCUAACAUUUCAGAUUUUCUACCAUUCUUGAAAAAGCUUGACCCAUUGGGGAUGAAGCGGAGAAUGAUAGCCCACAUGACAAGAACCUUCAGGAUUUCUUCCAGAUUUGUCCAGGAAAGGCUUGACAACAGAAAAGCCGGCAAGUUCAACGAGAAGAAAGACUUCUUGGAUGUCCUGUUGGAGUACCAGGGGGAUGGUAAAGAUGGUCCUGCUACAUUCUCGGAGAAGCAUAUCAACGAUGUUAUCAUGGAAAUGUUUUUUGCGGGUUCAGAAACUACAAGCAUCAGCAUAGAAUGGGGUUUCGCAGAGUUGCUUCGCCACCCUCACGCGUUCCAAAAGCUCAGGGAGGAGAUUGAUAGAGUUGUGGGAGUAGACAGAUUGGUGCAGGAGAGUGACAUGGAGAGCCUGCCGUAUUUGCAGGCCGUCGUGAAAGAAACCUUCAGACUGCACCCUGCACUGCCUCUGCUCCUACCAAGAAAUACCAUGGAAGACACCAAGUACCUGGGAUAUCUGAUUCCCAAACGCACGCAAGUCUACGUGAACGCUUGGGCAAUAGGAAGGGAUCCAGCAUACUGGGAUGACCCCUUGACCUUCAAGCCUGAGAGGUUCCUGAAUUCCAGUGUUGAAUACAAAGGGCAGCAUUUUGAGCUGAUACCGUUUGGAUCUGGAAGGAGAAUCUGCAUCGGUUUUCCUUUGGCCCACCGCGUGGUUCACCUCACUUUGGCCACUUUGGUGCAAGCCUUUGACUGGGAUCUGGGAGCUGGUGUCAAACCUGAAGACAUUGACAUAGACGAGAAGCUGGGAUUGACGCUGAGGAAGAAGAAUCCUCUCAAACUAAUUCCAAAGAAGCGUCUCCGCGUUUGAAAGAUUAAUCGAUCGUGUUAGAGUCUGCCAAUUUCCUUUGUGCCUAGCUAUGAUAUAAAUAAAAAAAAUAAGCUUACAUCCAUAAUAAAACUUGCCCCCGAUGUAAUCUCCUCUUUUUCAGUACUGCUCUUCUAUUGAGUAUUCCCCUAUUAGGAUAGUGCCCUCUUCUGCAAGUGCUUACUCCGGUGUACCUGGCAUUGUGUUGUAAUACUAGGUAAGGCUGGCACUGCGCCACUCUCCACCGCAAUUUUAAUGACAGUCGUAUUAUGUGUAAUAAAUUGAGGAUAUUUGCUGGUAA